UGUGUGUGUGUUCACAUUAACCUGAUAAUGGUGGCUGUUAAACUGCAGGCAGGAAAUUACAGGACAAACACUGCAGGGCCAGAUAGGAGACCUCUGGCUGUGCUUUAAACUGGGUCUUUAUGUCAUGGUGGCAGCUAUACGCGGUCCCCCAGCUUAAAGAUCUGCACAGCCUCGUGUUUGUAAUCACAUAUUAUGUACACAGGCCAAGCAGCAGCAUGAGAAGGAAGAGAGGAGGAAGGAGCUGAAGAGACAGAGAGGGGAGGACACUUGGAUGCUCCCUGAGAUCAAUCAGAGGCUGCAGGAGUUUGAGGAAGAGGGCUCUGUGAAGAGCAAGAAAAAGAAGGAGAAGAAGUCUAAAAAGAAAAAGGAGAAAAAGAAGAAGGCCAAGAAGGAGAAGAAGACAGCAGAAGCAGGAGAUGGCUCUAGUGACAGCUCAGGGGAAUCAGGGGAUGAGUGGAUUGAGGCUCAGCCUCAGACAAAAGCUGUUAAAGCCUGGCAGGUUUCUGAUGAGCCCAAGCCUCCAGAGAGCAACCCCAGCCCAGCCCAGAAUGUCCAGAGAGACGAAUGGAUGACCUUUGACUUCCUGGCAAUGAGUACCACGUCAACAACAGAGAGACGGGCUGAGAAAGAGCGACUGAAAGAGGAGGAGAGGGCAAAGGCUCAGGCCAUCGAACAGGCUGGUUUGCACAAAUUGGAGUUAAACCCGUUCUGGAAAGAUGGAGGAACUGGUCUGCCCCCAGAGGAGAAGGCUGGUACUGCUGCAACGAAAGGCCUAGUAGUGAAUGAUGGCGGUCUGGGCUGGCUGAGGAAGAACUACCAGAGGAUGAAGGAGCAGGCAGAGAGGGAGCAGCGCAGCCUCAACGAUGUGGUGGCUGAAAGAUACGGAUCAAUAGAAGAAUUUCAGAAAAGACUCGCAGAUGCUGAAAACGCUGUGUAUGGACAGAGGAGAGGAGGAGGAGAAGAAGGAGGCCGACCGGCGAGAGGCGGGUGGAGGAAAGAAGAGAACGAGUCCAGAGAGAGAUGGAGGAGAAAAGAGGGAGAUGGGGCAGAGAGAGAUCGGUGGAGAAGAAGAGAAAGGGAAAGAGAUUUGUCACCCGUAGACAGAGAGAGAUACCGUGCUGGAAGAGGAGAGGAGAGAGAGAGGGAGAGGGGAGGGUAUCGGGGCAGAGAGGAAGAGAGAGGUCGAGAUGGAGACAGGUUUACAGAGAGGUAUAGAGAAAGCGAGAGGGAUAGGGACAGUGAAAGAGACGGUAACAGAGAUAGAGACAGUAACAGGGAUGGAGACAGAGAGAGAGACAGUAACAGGGAUAGAGACAGAGAGAGAGAUAGUAACAGGUAUGGAGACAGAGAGAGAGAUAGAGGAAAAGAAAGAGACAGGGAUAGGGAGAGUGAAAGACAUAGAGAAAGAGAUGGGCCAACUGUUGCAUCAUCAUCAUCAUCGUCAUCAUCAUCGUCAUCAUCUGGGCAGAAUUGGAACCACCGUUCUCCCUCUCUUGGCUCACUAAAAAGCCGCUUCCUUAAACCUUCAGAAGAUGAUUACAGUGGUGAAGCUCCAGAGCGCCGGCCUCCCCCAGCGCGGUCAUCCACAAGGUUCCUGAAACCGAGCUCUGAUGAUGAAGACUCCGGUCCACGUAAUGCCAGCGUUCCAGCCUGGAAGAAGGGCAGCAAUCCUGCCCGCGAAUCUGACAGCUUAGAAAAACCACCGCAGGAGAAAGAGAAGGAUCCUGGGAAAACUGUAACGGCUCCUCAGGACGCUCUGCGUGGUGAUGAAGUUGCUGGGACGACAUCAAGGUAUGAGAGUGAGAGUGAGGAGGAAGAAGAGGAGGAGGUUCCACUGCUGUCAGAGGAGGAGAUGAACAAACUGGGAGCCAAACUGGUGAAGGCAGAGAUCAUGGGCAACAUGGCCAUGGUUGAGAAGCUGAAAUCACAGCUGGAAGCAGCACAGAAAGCCAAAGAGAGCUACGCUGCCCAGAAAACUCUACAAGAAGCCACUAAAUCAAAGCAGGUCCCAGGUCGCUCAGCUGAAGACCAGGAAGUCCUGUUGUUCAGAACAGACCAAUCAGGUCGGGCCUGGCCAGUCAAUGCCCCCUCUGGACCCCAGGAGCCCCACGGAGGACGACGGAAGAAGAAGCCGAUUGAGACUCAUGUUGAUGGGCAGCGUGUGCGCUACUUCCAGGACGAUGACAAUGUGGGUCUGAAGGAGAUGGUGAGGAGAGAGAAAAUGAGCUCUGCACAGGAUCAGAAUGCCCUCUACUCUCGCAUGGCUGCCAAGAUGAUGGGGAAGACGGACGGCGAAAACUACACGCUGGAUGACAUGUUUGUGUCAGGUGCAGCCCAGCGGGAGGGCGAGGGGAGGGAGGAGGAGAGGAUGAGGAGCAGAGCCAUCGGGGAGAGUAGGAGGCUGGCUGCCUCUAUGGAUAAAUGCCAGCACUGCUUCAGCAGCAAAGAGCUCCAGAAGCACCUCAUUGUAGCAAUAGGGAGCAAGGUGUACCUGAGCCUGCCUGCAGGAGUGUCGAUGACAGAGGGCCACUGUCGCAUCUGUCCUCUCCAGCAUCAUUGCUCUGCCACUGGAUUGGAUGAGGAUGUCUGGUCAGAAAUGCAGCUGUUCCGGCGCACUUUGGUGCGUAUGUUUGAGUCCCAGGAGCUGGACUGUGUGUUCAUGGAAACACACAUGAACCCACGCAAAAGGCAACACAUGGUCCUAGAGUGUAUCCCGCUACCCCGAGAACUGGGCGAUAUGGCACCUAUAUACUUUAAGAAAGCUAUCAUGGAGUGUGACGAGGAAUGGGCCAUGAACAAGAAGAUUGUCGACCUCUCUUCCAAAGACAUCCGUCAAGCUGUUCCUCGAGCUCUGCCCUACUUUGCUGUAGACUUUGGUCUCCAGGGAGGGUUUGCUCAUGUCAUUGAAAAUGAACAGAAGUUCCCCCAUUACUUUGGCAAGGAAGUGGUUGGAGGCAUGAUGGACUUGGAGCCGCGGCGUUGGAGAAAGUUGAUUAGAGAGAACUUUGACGAUCAGAGGAAAAAAGUCCUGCAGUUUGCGCAGUGGUGGAAACCGUAUGACUGUACCAAGACUGAGGGCUAACUGGAGACCACACACACACACACACACACACACACACACACACACACACACACACACACACACACACACACACACACACACACACACACGCUUUGGUUCGUAUAGUGCAUGAAAUUUGGUGAAUGUGGUGCAGACACUGUUGCACAUACCAGCUCAGAAUUUGUUGUAAAAUUUGCCAAAGUUGUUAUGUGAAACAUUUUUACUAUAAAACAAAAAAUAAAAUAAAUAAAAUGUA